UAAAAACUGUCUCAAGGUGAAGUUAUUUCAAAGGAGAGAGUUGGACAUUUGGAACAAACAUAGUAUUGGUAAAAUCACAUGCUUUUCUAGCCAUGUUCCCCUUGGAGCCAACAACUCUGUUUGUGGCAAUUGUCCUUUGCCUAUUUCUAAUUUACCUCCUCCUACAUAAUGGGAAAGGAACGCCUCCAAACUUUCCCCCAGGACCUAAACCAUUACCGUUUAUUGGAAAUCUACAUAUAAUGAACCUAAAUAAGCCUCAUAAGACCUACAUGGAGCUUGGGAAGAAGUACGGAUCAGUAUUCAGUGUUCAGCUCGGGACAGAGAAGGUGGUUGUUCUGUGCGGGUAUGACGCGGUGAAAGACGCUCUGAUUAACCAUGCCGAGGAGUUUUCAGAGAGGGCUGUCUCUACUCUGUCUAGGAAAAGAUUAAAGGGAUAUGGUAUCAUUUUUUCUCAUGGGGAAAACUGGAAAGUGAUGAGAAGAUUUACUCUUGCGACACUGAGAGACUUUGGCAUGGGGAAGAGAACUAUAGAGGACAGAAUUAACGAGGAAUGUAAUUUUCUAAUGGAAACGUUCAAAUCCUACAAAGGAGAGCCAUUUGAGACCAACUUGAUAAUGAACGCCGCAGUAGCCAACAUCAUCGUAUCUAUUCUGCUCGCCCAUCGCUUUGAGUAUCAGGAUCCAACCCUUCUGAAGCUCAUUGGCUUAAUAAAUGAAAUUGUUAAGCUUUCUGGGCGCCCUAUAAUUAUGAUAUACGAUGCAUUUCCAUCUGUGGUCAGCUGGUUACCCGGAAGCCACCAAAAAGUGUUGGAAAAUACGCGGGGAUUACGGAACUUUAUUAAAGAAACGUUUACUGAACACAAGGCUCGACUGGACAUAAACGACCAAAGGGAUCUUAUCGAUGUCUUCCUUGUCAAGCAAAGAGAGGAAAAGCCAAAUCCUGGACUGUUUUUCCACAACGAGAAUUUAAUAUCACUUGUAAGUAAUUUAUUUGUUGCCGGAAUGGAGACGACUUCCACCACUCUCCGAUGGGGCCUCCUGUUAAUGAUGAAAUAUCCAGAAAUCCAAAAGAAGGUACAAAAUGAAAUCGACAAAGUGAUUGGAUCAGCUCAGCCUCAAAUGGAACACCGGAAACAAAUGCCCUAUACUGAUGCCGUUAUCCAUGAGAUUCAGAGGUUUGCAGACAUUGUGCCCACUAACCUUCCCCAUGCAACAACUAUGGAUGUCACUUUCAGGGGAUAUUUAAUUCCAAAGGGGACCCGUGUGAUCCCAUUGCUGACGUCGGUUCUUCGGGAUAAGGCUUACUUUGAAAAACCAUAUGAAUUUUACCCUGAACAUUUCCUUGACUCCGAAGGAAACUUUGUAAAGAAUGAGGCCUUCAUCCCCUUCUCAGCAGGUAAAAGAAUUUGUGCCGGAGAGACGUUGGCCAAGAUGGAACUCUUCUUGUUCUUCACAAAUCUUCUGCAGAACUUCACCUUCCGAUCACCUCCAGGACAGGACCUUCCAUUAACUACUGCAGAGGGUUUCACUUCGAUUCCUAUGGUUCAUAAAAUCUGUGCAGUGUCUCGUGCCUAGGGCUAAAAUUAAAACUGAUUAUAAAAAUGUCA